UUACAUGCAGGGUCCUAAUGCCAGUUGAUUUUUUUUUUUUUUUUUGACGCGCGUUUGACAAAAACAAUGAUACGGCAAAUUAUUAACGAUGAACGCCAGUAUUUAAGCAAUUCUAAAUGGUUAAAUGUUGUGAAUGGAUGCCCACAUAAGAACGAGGAAGUCUUUAUAUGCAAACAAUGAAGGAGAGUGAGAAGUUGAGAAGUUAUAGAAUCCUUUUAUUCUGGUUGAUAUAUGAUCAAAAAUCUCUGAGAUUAAGGAACAUACCUAUUAUUUUCACAGUGGUGCUGUUUUAGUCCAGAUAACGUUGCUUAGAGCUGAAACCAACUAACACAACAAAGUCAACCAAACUCAUGGCAGGAUCCGAGUCAAAAGCCGCCAAAGAUUUGACUGCAAUGAUGGAGACAACAAUGCAACAACUUCAGAGCAGGUUUCAGAACGUAUCUGACCAGAUCAUCUCCAAAAUGGAUGAGAUGGGAACACGUAUAGAUGACCUGGAGAAGAAUGUCGCUGAUCUCAUGACACAAGCAGGAAUGGAAGAUCAUCAUAAAUCAAAUGACUUUGAAAAGAGAACAAGCUGGCCAAAGCACUGAGCAGAAAUGUUGCAGAAGCUUGAGAUCAACAGUAUAUUUGUGAAUUAAGCUAUGCAUGUAUUGUUCACAUGUGCCUUAUUUUUUAUUAAGCUUAUAUACAUGUAAUGUGGAUCUUGUACCUAUCAAUAAACUAAAUUGUUUA